AACUCCCUCCUCACAAACCUCUGGAAGAGAAGGAGGGCAGAGGAGCAGCACAGCUGGAGGGGAGGAAACGGAAGGGGACGCAACGCAGGGGACGUGUUUUUGGAAAAUCACAGCGCUGAGAUGCCACCCCAGCUGCAGGCCAGCACCAAUUACCAGCAGUUCCUCAGGAGCAUCAUUGGGGUGGCGAGGAUCCUGCAAAUCCUUCUGGGGGCUGGACUUUGGGCCAUCAUCGCUGCCAACAAGUAUGACGGGCCAGUCCAUUUCGUCCUGUUUGUCGCCGUGCUCUUCUGGCUCCUCACGUUGGCGCUCUUCUUCAUCACACUCCUGGGAAAGCAGGAUCUGGUGCCGUUGGUGGGUGGAGACCGCUGGCUGACCACCAAUGCAGCGCACGACCUGGUGGCGGCGCUGCUCUACCUGCCGGCCAUCGGCGUUAUGGCCUACAAAACGGAGCGGAGCGCCUACUGCAACGUGGAGCACUACAAACACCCGUGUCCAUACAAGGCAUACCUCGCAGCCUCAACCUUCUCCUGCCUCUGCGCUAGCGCCUACUUCCUCUCCGCCGUUUAUGGCUCCUGCAGAAAGUGCCGGGGUGAGCAGACGGUAUUUUGACAGCUUCCGGGGAAGCUCUGAAAAACAAGGGUGUUGGGGGACACAGUGAUGCAUCAUAAGAACUUCACACAUGCAGAGACAUACGGGAAACAGCAAUGGCAAAACGCAGUUGAUGUUCAGAGACAUUUUUCUGAUCUCUUUGAAAUAGAAACUUUUGUAACUUGCCAUUUCUUUCCAUAAGGUUUCUUGAUAUUUCAGUAACAUAACGUUUCACGUUACCAACUUGCCACAGUUUUAUUUGAUACGUAUGGGUGUUUGGCUGUGUGUGUAUUUUUAAACUAUGUUAAGCUGCAUGUAGAGUUUAUAAGGUCAGAGUUAUUAUCAAACAGCACUGUCAGAGUUAUGACUAUGAAUUAUAAAGCUGGAGGAUGCAAAAAAGCAUUUGUUUCCAAGGCAUGUUCAGUGUCAUCUAGGCCUGUGUGGUUCUGUGAUUCUGUGAUUACAGCACUAGAAAGGAGCAACGCUGAUGUGAGAGUAGAGACAGUCUCCCGUUUUGAAAAUUACAAUGUUGUAACAUCAAGAUAAUUUUCUCCAUGCACACAUAAAAAUGUACAACUAAAACAAAGACUGUCGAAUAAAUGUCACU